AUGGACGAAACUUUGCUCCCUCUUGACUCUGACGGAUCUUUGCCACUUUCAACUGUAGCAGUUCAAUUUCCAUACGUAAAUGGCUUGAAGUAUAUGUCUCGUGGAUACUUUAGACAGCUUAGGAUGAAUAUGAAUAAAACUGCUUUUUUACCGCCUCUUGAUGGGUGGACUGACAAAUUAUUUCUUGUAAUUCCAAAAGUCGAAGCGCCACCUACGUCAGAAUUGAUUGAAAUUAAAAAAGGUUUAUAUUAAUGUGGGAUUGGGAUUAUGUGGGAUGUGGGAUUUUGUGUGGGAUUUAUUAAUGUGGGAUUUCAAUACCUACAUAAAUCCUUUAAGCAUUUGGUUCAAGAGAAUUUU